AUCAAAAGGAGUCAACUUUUUUUCAUCAAUUAUUGUAUUUGUGUAUAAAAAACACAUUCAAUAGUUUGUUGGCAUUGAAUUAAACUCCACACUACUGUUACGGUAUGACAGCACCGCGCAAAAUGAGUGGUAAAGCGGGUGUGGGAUCACCACAAGCGCCGCAACUGUCCAUCACAUCCAUGUUUGAUGACAUGUGUCGGGCGGGCAACGGGUUGGUGGACAUGGAGUGCGACACCGCCAACACGCUUUUGGUGGAGAACUUGGAGAGGGUUCGUCUCAAUUGGUUUACGGCCGUCAAU